GAUGCCUCUGUAGAGCAGGGAUAAAGGAAACCAUCCAUUGGACUAAAAUGGCGUGCAGAUGGGUUACCCAGGAGACUUUUGACGACAUUGUACGUGAAAACAUGACAGAGUUUGAAAUGGAUCCAGAGGAAGCAUUGAAUGAUGCCAUCCAACAACUUGAGUCUCAAGGUGUUGAUGUGACCAACAUAGUUAAGGCUGUGCAGAAACCUUGUGGGGAAAAUGAAACUGAACCAAGUCAUGAUAUUCUGCAGACGCUUGGAUCCUUGAGAGACAGUGUGGAUUCAUCCUCUUUGAGCAGUGUUUCUGAGCUCUUAGUAAAGUUUGGGGACCAGUGCAAAGAAGGUAUGGCUCAUCGUUACUUAGCAGGGCAGAAAUCAGCCUACCCCGUGGUCCUGUCAGCAUGGAAACUCUCAGAAGGAGACAGAGAGGCUCUGCUAAAUGCCCUGUAUGCCAUGUCCUGCCUCACUGAUGGGCAACCUGAUUUACUGGAACCUGUUGGACUGCAGAUGCUCAUUCAGGCUCUACAGAACCACGCCAGUGAUGCUGAGGUUACACUGCUAGCUAUUCGCCUUACACGCCAUGUGUGCCUGAAGCAUGAACAAAACAGACAAAACCUUGUUAAGGCAGGGAUUCUAGGACACCUAACUACAGCCAUAGUCAACCAUGUUUCAGACCCAGAUGUGGUGCGUGAGAGUUGCUCUGCUCUGAAAAUUAUGACUUUUGAUGAUGACAUCAGGGUUCCUUUUGGCCAAGCCCAUGAACACGCCAGGAUGAUUGUUAUGGAUCAAGGAGGCCUGAAGCUUUUAAUACAAGCUGCACAAGGAUUCACAAAUAAUUCCAGUGUCCUAAGUGAAAUUUGUGGAACUAUCUCCCGUCUCUGUGUUCGGAAUGAGUUUUGCCAAGAUGUGGUCGAUCUUGGUGGACUGAAUUUCAUGGUGGCACUUUUAGCUGACUGCAUUGAUCAGCAGGAACUUGUUAAGCAGGUACUGAGUGCCAUCAGAGCCCUAGCUGGGAACGACGAUGUGAAAGAUGCAAUUGUGAGCACGGGUGGGACUGACCUAAUUGUCCUGGCACUUUCACGACACCUCUCCAAUGCUCAGAUCUGCGACCAGGGUUGUUCUGCUCUAGCAAUGCUCGCUCUACGUAAACCUGAAAACUGUAGAGUGAUCAUGGAAGGCGGUGGAGUACUGGUUGCCCUCCAAGCAAUGAAGAUACAUCCACAGAGUGUAUCUGUCCAGAAACAAGCCUGCAUGGUAAUCAGGAACUUGGUCUCCAGGAAUAGUGAUUUCUGUCAAUCUAUAUUGGAAAUGGGAGCAGAAUCUCUGAUAGUAAAAGCCCGCAGCACUCACAAAGACUGCGAUGACGUGGCCAAAGCAGCUCUGAGAGACCUCGGCUGUAAUGUGGACUUACGAGAACUAUGGACUGGAGAAAAAGGCAGUUUGGCACAAUAAUGUUUUAUGUGGUCCAUUAAUAACAAAACUACACUAGCAGACAGUGUUAGUAACCCAUCAGAAGUGCAUGUAAACUCCUUAUUAAACCUUUUUUUUUUUUUUUUUUUUUUUAUUAUACUUUGCUUUUCCAAAGUCAGUCAAGUAACAAAAUGUUUACUGCUCCCUGUUGCUCUGUAGCAGGGAUCACGCAUCUCAUUUCGAAAAAUUAGUUAAGGAUCAAAUUGCCUUACCUGAAGCUGCUCUUAACAUAUGUCUGUUACAGGCCAGGUUCAUUCAAUGUCUCACUAAUUAGGUGUACAAAAGCGAAACUAAGAAGAGACCAUGCCCAGUGCUAAUAUCCCAUGAAUAAUGACAUUGUCAAAUAUCAUAAACCUAUAAAGUGCUUGAAGUUACAAUAUUUGUGUAUGUCACUCAAACACUCUCUCUUCCUUAAAUGUGUCCUCCAAUCAAGUGUCUCCCCCCACAAAUAUGGUAACUUAAAUUAUAAAAAUUAAAGCCUUCUUAUUUUUUUAUGAACAUGUUUUGCAGUUUCCUACCCUUUUAUUUUAUAUUAACAAUCAUGUAAAAAAAAAAAAGUGAGUUAAAAACGAGAUUUGUUAAUCCCCAUUCUUUGUUGGCUUUUCCUUAUUUCCACCAUUGCAGAAAGCAGCUGUCUAUAUGCAAAAACAACAUAUGGGGCAUAAUGCGAAUAUUGCUCAUCAAUAUAAUCCCAGCAGAGACUAAAAAUGCCUGCACCAUUUGGUUGUUUCUAUAUGGCUACAUUCAUAAAAAUGUGUUUGGUGGUCCGCCUGCAUAGCUGGUUACACAUUGCUUUCAAUUAAGCUCUGCUUGUUGGGGCAGUUUGUGUGGAUACUAUUCUUAUUAAUCAUUUUCUUACAGUGA